AUGGACACGGAUGGGAUACUUCAGACACAUGAAAUGCUCUGCACACGGGACUCUAGGAUCGAUAAUCGAGGCAAAGGACAGGGAGGGGAAAUGCAAUACGACAAUCCAGAUCUCAUACGAUCGAUAAUCGAGGCAAAGGACAGGGAGGGGAAAUGCAAUACGACAAUCCAGAUCUCAUACGGUGGUGACAAAUACACCUUGCUUAAAGUGACCAACCGGUGCACCACUACAGACAUCAUACAACUGGCCCAUCAUAUACUGAAGUGCGAGGGCCCGGUAGGCGACUAUCAACUCUGGGUGAAGACCUCACGGGACGACACGCCCUACCCGCUGAUUGGACACGAGUACCCGUUUGCCAUAAAAAUGAAUUUCGUGAGGGAUCUCCUGCAUCGGUCUAACCUCGACCUCCAGAACUUCAAUAACAUCGCCGCCGACAACAAAUGUAUAUUCAUUUUACGCAAAUCCUGUCCCAAAACUACCGGUUCUCUGCUGGAGAACAGCUCAAAGAAAGCCAAACCCAAGCGCCGGCCCAUCAACUGGCCCUUCAAGAAGAUACUGACCAGUGGUGGUGGCGGUCAUGGGGGCGACCUAUCCCUGGACAGUGGCAUAUCCACCAGUGAGCCCUCCACGCCCACCAAAGGCAAGCUGUUUGGGCAGCACUUGGACCUCAUCUGUAACGAGGACUCUCUCCCGCAGCCAAUAAUGCUGAUGCUCAAAGAACUGUACCAAAAGGGACCCUACACUGUGGGUAUAUUCCGCAAGUCUGCCAACGCCCGGGUAUGUAAGGAAUUCCGGGCAAAACUGGAGUCCGAGUCGGAGCCCAACAUCGGCGAAGUUCCGGUCAUUGUAAUCGCGAAUACCUGCGAUCCCUCCCCGACUGUCUACUCCAGGCCCAGCUCUACCCCCAAUGGAUUGAAGCGAUCGGUGUAUCCAAUAAUCAUGAGUGUCGGGAACGGGUGCAACGGCUACUCCAACGGCUCCCGGCACAGUCACUAA